UUUUGAUUCAUCACGAGUCUGUUGUUGUAUUCAAUUCAAAGAUGCAGAAUGAUUCCAAUGAAAUCAGAGCUGAUGAUAUAACUGAAAACAAGAGGAAAUCAUGGUCGAUAACAGGAAUAUUUAAUGAUAUGUGUGUGCUGGGCGUGUGUCACGUGUUCACGGGGGGCGCGAGCAGCGCGAGCAGCAGCGCGAGCUUCAGUCAGUGAUCGGAUCUUUGGAGAGUCAUGACGCGCUCCGGCCGCGCGCGGGUUUAACGCACGGAAUGUUUGUGAAUUAUCGAUAAAUGGGGUCCGUGAAAUGGAAAACACAUCAGCGACUGCUGAUUUUACUCUGGGUUUUAUCGUUUUCAGGGGUUUUUGGCUUUAGUGAGUUGUCUUUCACCAUCCAGCCCAAGGAUGUUACUGCAUCUCGGGGCGAGGACGUUAUUUUGGACUGUCAGGCUCAAGGCGAGUCGCCCAUCGCUGUGCGAUGGAGGAAGAACGGCGUCCAGCUCCAGGAGAGCGGGCGCGUGCGCGUCCUGUCCAACGGAUCACUGUACAUCUCCAAUGUGAGGAGUUCAACAGAGCAAUCAGAUGAGGGCUUCUAUCAGUGCCUCGUCCAAAACAAAUAUGGAGCCAUCCUGAGCCAAAGAUCUAGCCUUACAAUCUCAAAUAUCUUGUUGUUUGUGACCCAUCCUGUCCCAGUGGAGGUUACGCUGGGCUCCGUGGCCAGAUUCUCCUGCGCUGUCAGCGGAUCUCCAGCGGUCAUCAGCUGGGAACUCAACCAAAGAUCUCUACCUCUGGAUUCAGACAGAAUCACUGUUUUGCCAAAUGGAGUGCUGCAGAUCUGCGACGUGACAAUGAGGGAUGCUGGGAAUUAUCGCUGCUUAGCAACAUACAUGGCCAGUCGAGUCAAGAGCCGAGAGGCCGAGCUGUCCAUCAUCCCAGUGUCGGGACCCAGGCCUCUCAUGAAACCACACAUCAUAGCUGGACCUCAGAACAUCAGUGCCGGUCUGCAUCAGUCUGUGGUUCUGGAGUGUUUGGCGGAAGGCAACCCUCGGCCGCUGGUGUCCUGGAGCCGGGCCGACUCUAAACCCAUAGAUGUGUUCGGAGCCAGGGUGCUGGGAAACGGGAACCUGAUUAUCACGGCCAUUAAAGCCCAACACAGCGGCACGUACCUGUGCCGGGCGACGACACCGGGAACACGCAAUUACACCAUAGCGGCCGGAAACCUCACCGUACUCGUUCCUCCGUCUCUGGUGGAGAAGCCAGAGAGUCAGACCCGACCCAGAGCUGGUACGGCCCGUUUCAGCUGCCAGGCUGAAGGCACACCUGCGCCCCGCAUUACCUGGUUUAAGAACGGUCAUGUGAUCCACUCCAACGGGCGCACCAAGAUGUACAACAGUAAACUGGUGAUAACUCAGAUCAUUCCGGAAGACGACGCCUUUUACCAGUGCCAGGCGGAGAACUCUCAAGGCUCGGUCGUGUCCACUUCCCGUCUCAUCGUGGUGCUGUCGGAGGACCGUCCCAGCGCUCCGCGUAACGUCCAUGCGGAAACCAUCUCCAGCUCGGCCAUCUUACUGGCGUGGGAGAGACCGCAGUACAACGCGGAUAAAGUCAUCGCCUACUCCAUACACUACAUGAAGUCUGAGGGUCUAAACAACGAGGAGUAUCAGGCCGUGAUCGGGAAUGACACGACCAGCCACAUCGUGGACGAUCUGGAGCCGGCACAAAACUACACGUUUUAUAUCGUGGCCUACAUGCCAAUGGGCGCCAGUCGCAUGUCGGAGCAGGUCACGCAGCACACGCUGGAGGAUGUGCCCCUCCGUACCCCUGAGCUGAGCCUGACGAGUCGCAGUCCGACCGAUAUCCUGGUGUCCUGGCAGCCGCUUCCUCCAAAACUCAGCCGUGGACGCGUGUCUGCGUACCGUCUGUCCUACCGCAUGGCCACCGACGAACAGGUGACCUCCGCCGAGCUGCCCGUCCCGGGUGAGAACUGCACCCAGUACCUUCUGCAGGGUCUGCAGCCUGACACCAUCUAUCUGAUCCGCAUAUCCGCGUCAACCCGAGUGGGCUGGAGCCAACCGUCCGCCUGGAACUCCCAUCGCACGCCCAAAACGUCCAGCGCCACAGUGCCUCCUGCCCCAAACCUUGAGCUUGAACCUCUCAACUGCACAUCCGUGAUGAUCCGCUGGCAUUCGGCUCCCAGCGACGCUGUCGUCCAGGGAUACAAGCUCUGUUUUCAUCCAGACGGCCAAUCAGAGGACUCCAUUAUCCAGCUGCCCCCUCAAGACCACCAGCACACCAUCACAGGCCUCAACCCCAGAGUGAAGUACCAUGUGAAACUGUUAGCGUUCAGUGCUAAUGGAGAUGGCUAUCAGGCCCAUCAGACGGUCAACACUCCAGGAUGUCCUUCUGCACCGAACCGGCGUUUGGCCGCCCUGCCGCCGCCCGACCACAUCCACGCCAAAGCCAACAGCUCCUCGGCGGUGAGUCUGAGUUGGGGCCGUCCUGCAUUCAGUUCUGGGAAAGCAGUCAGCUAUUCCGUCCGCUACGGGCCCGUGAGUCCGUCCGAUGCCUCCGCCGUACGCUACGUCCAAACCACUGAGCAAACCGUAACGGUAGCAGGUCUCCGGCCAAACACUCGUUAUGAGUUUUCAGUACGUCUUCAUAUGGAUCAGAUGUCCAGUCCCUGGAGCACAAGCGUCUAUCAGAGGACUCUACUGGAAGCCCCGUCGUCUCCGCCGCUGUCCGUCAGAGCGACUCUGAUCGAGGACGACACAGCGCUGGUGUCAUGGAAGCAGCCGGAUCAGCCGGAUCUGUCCGUGACGCACUACACCAUCCUCUACGCCUCUCAGAGCGCGUGGAUCGCCGGGGAAUGGCAGGUUCUCCAGAGGGAAGGUACAAACACAAUGGCUCUUCUGGAGAAGCUGGAGUCGGGUAAUGUUUACCUGGUGAAGAUCUCGGCCUCCAACCAGGCAGGUGACGGUCCGUUCUCCAGCACCGUAGAGCUGCUGGUCAGGGCUAAAAUUCACCAUGGAAAAAACCCACGACAUGCUGACAACCACGCAGAGAAAACCGCAUUUGUCGACAGCCUGUACCACAUCGAUCAGAAGUCCAUGACGGGGAUCAUCGUUGGCGUGUGCAUCGCUCUGUCCUGCAUCAUCCUCUGCAUCUUUAUCCUCCUCACCAAGAGUGAAACACACAGGAAAUCAGCUUCCUCAAAGAUGAAUGAGGUCAUGCAUAGUGGUGCGUCAUCAGCCAAUCAGCAGCAGGCGGAGAACGCAGACGUUCUGAUACCGAUGAUGAGGACACACUUCAUUGAUGCCAAAGGUGGAACGAAUCUAAUAAUAAACCACGCAGGACCGAUUACGAGUGACGCUCAGAACAGACGGAACAAAUGGAGUGUUUUCAGUAACACUCAGAAGUCUAAUGGAAAUAAAAGCAAGAUUGAGGAUCCUGCCUGUCUUUAUGAGGUGGGGAAGACGGUUCUGCAUUACGAGGACGAGCAGAUCCUCUAUCGGCAUCUAGGGGAGUCGGAGAGCUCGCAGACCAGCGCGGGAGACUCCGGAAACUUCUCGCACGACGAGACGGACAGAACCUCGGAUCGUUCGGACGACAGCGAGCGAAACAGACAAGAAGUGCCCGUGUGUGUCUGUGCGUGAGCGUUCAUGACAUCUACCUCCACUUCCUCUUUAACUCACCUGUCAGUCUGUGAUGUGAGUGGGCGUAGCCUGUGAUUCCAUGGCCAAUAAAAACAAGUUGCACCAUUUCUUCAGGAUCAGAUCGCACCGGAGAGAGUGUGAUCUGGACGUUUGUGCCAAAAACCCUUUAAAUAGCUUUACUAAGUCGCAGAUUGCUCUGUUGGCUUUGACAAACUUGCACAGCCCUUCCUAAUAACUUUCCUGUUCGGAGGGAUUCCCAAAGAUGAAGGACCUGUUUCCGAUCAGCUUUACCUGCUCAAGAUGAUGAAUGUGUUGAAGAACGCCUGAUGUGCUUUACCCAAACGGACGCGUGUUUUUUGUGACAGAGACGGAGUUUGUUCUGCUGUCUCUCUACCUCAUUCGCCCUCGUACGGGUUUGUGCAGUUUCUUGAUUUUAUACUAUUGUUUUGAUAUAAACACUGAACGUGUUUGCCGUAUAUAAUCCAAAGAGUCCAAAAGUCGAAUGAAAAUGGUGGACACUUUACAUUAGGGUUCAAUGAGUUAACAUGAACUAACAAUGAACAACACUUCAUAAUUCAGUUUUUCAUUCUAGUUAAUUAUGAGAAAUUCUGACACGAGUUUUUCAAACGUUACUAAUUUCAUUGAUCUCAGACUUUUAAACCUCACCGUACAUAUUUAUUUUUAACUUGAAGAUACUAAAUAAGAUGAAAGUAACCGUUUAAGGUGCCUCAGGUUAUGAAUGCUGCUUUAUAAGUCGUCGAGUUCAGAUGCGGAUCGAUCCGGAUCAGUGAACCGUUUACCUCAGUUUAUUUAAUUGAGUUCAUCAUUCUUGUGUUUUACUACCUCCUCUUUAUUGUCAUGUAGCAUAUGAACGUUUUAGGUUUGCCAAACGAGAUCAGGUUGUUGAUCCAUUAUUUUAAGGUUUUAAGCAUGCUGUUCGUUGAGUUCGCUGUGAUAUUGCGCAGUUUGCGUUGUGGAGGAUUUGGUUUUUAUUCAUUUUGGUUGCUCGUAUAAUUUACCUCUUGCUACUUAACUCUUUCCCCGCCAGUGUUUUUUUUAAAUUUGCAAGCCACCGCCAGAAUUUGAUAAUUUUCACAAAAUUGUCAUGCCCCCCCCCCACAAUAUUUUGUUGUAUGAAUAUCUGAACAUGCAAUAUAUCAAAAGAAAGAACAGAGCCACUGUUUUAUAGCUUAAUGCAUUAUUUUUUUAAUCAACACUUGAAUGUUUCAUAAAAACAAUGUUUUAAAAAAAAGCUAAGAAAAUAAUAUUUUUCAAAGACUAAAACGUGCAUAAUCAAUGCUUUCAUUGCUUGUUUCUGAUCCUUUUUUGCCUGUUUUAAACCACAACUUUCAGAAGAUGCAUAAUAGUAUGGAAGCUUGUUUCUUCCACUGAAUAAAAAAAAAGGCAAUUGCGACUUUUUAUCUCACAAUUCUGACUUUUUUUCUCACAAAUGCGUGAUAUAAAGUCACAAUUGCGAGUUAUAAAGUCAGAUAUGUGAGUCAGAAUUGUGUGAUAAAGUCAGAAUUGCAAGUUAUAAAGUCGUAAUUGGGAGUUAUAAAGUCGUAAUUGCGAGUUAUAAAGUCAAGUUAUAAAAUCGAGUUAUAAAAUCAGAAUUGCAAGUUAAAAAGUCGGAAUUGCAUGAUAGAAUAUAGUCGGAAUUGCGAGUUAUAAAGUCGGAAUUGCAUGAUAUAAAGUCGAGUUAUAAAAUCGAGUUAUAAAAUCAGAAUUGCGAGUUAAAAAAUCGGAAUUACGUGAUAUAAUAAAGUCGAAAUUGUGAGUUAUAAAGUCAGAAUUGUGUGUUAGAAAGUCGGAAUUGCAAGUUAUAAAGUCGAAAUUGUGAUAUAAUAUAGUCGAAAUUGCGUGAUAGAAUAAAGUCGGAAUUCUGUGAUAUGAAGUCAGAAUAGCGUGAUAUAAACUCACAAUUGCGAGAUAUAAAGUCAGAAUUGUGAGAUAAAAAGUCACAAUUACCUUUAUUUUUUAUUUAGUGGUGGAAACAAGCUUCCAUAUAAUAGCUCCCCCUACCGUAUAACAGUGAAAACACUGAAAGCCAGAAAAGGUGUGAAAGCGGCGUCUUAUAAAUGAUGGAAAAUUCCGUCAAUGGCGGGGAAAGAGUUAAAGAAAUAUUCUGGGUUUAGUCGAAUGAAACCAUAUUGACGGCAUUUGAUUACAACAGAAAACACAUCCAAUCUGUCCCUCAGAUUUUUCGUUUACGGUAAGCAACCAAGUUAUAUUAGUCAUUUUGUGGUGCGUUUGAUCAUCAGAUGCAUUUUUUGUUGGUUCAAGGGACGAGUUUAAUUUUUCAGGUUUGUUUUUGUACGUUUACCUGCAAGAUUUCUGUGGUGAACAAGUAAAAAAAUAACCAAAAAAAAGUCGGUGCGCCGGUGAUGUCGGUUCACCAAACUCUGAAAGCUUUAUAAGACGUCGACGGCCUUAUGAUGGGAGGAUCGUUUGCAAUAUUUGAAAGAUGUCUGAUCCAAAGAGUGAAAUGAAAAAUUAUACAGAGGUGUGAAAUGAUGCUGUUACCUCCAAAGAUAGAUACUAUAUAUUUCUGUAUAUUUGAAAGUGCCAAAAGAAACGCAUUUCAGCUUUACGUUCAUUUUCAUACUAGUUCUAGCGCGCGGAUUGUGGGUGAGCGCGGUAUUUUUCUUUGGCUUCCAUUUUAGAUCGUAGUGACGCGGGUGUGACAGACGCUAGAAUCCAAAGAGUUGUUUGCUUCUUUCACUGGGUUGAACUUGUGAUUUCAACAUCGAGUAUGAUUGUGAUUGUGUGAUUUUGAGUGUCUGUAUGAAGUGUGGCUGAACUACAUUACUGUUAUGCGAACAAUAUUUUAUAACGUGACUUGGGAAAAAUAUAAUCAUAAAGUUUUGGAACAACCCUUUAGAUCGAGGUGACACAAAAUCAUCAUUUCAGAAAGCAAAUAAAAUCUAUACCAAAGAUUGAUACGGUCGCCCCUGUGUAGACUAGACUUUAGCUUUUGUAAAGUUGCAUCCUGUUUUGACUACGAGCGCUACGAUCACACAUCUGUAAACUUUCAGAAAUCCUGUUUUAAACGUAUUGAACAUGUCCAACCAUUCUCAAACAAUGUGAAUUUACUCCUGAAUGUAAAAACGUAUCACAACAACUUUGAAUUAGGGGUGUAAAUGCUUGAUUAUGCUCUGUAUUUUUCCAUUAGUGUUUUUAAAUAUUCUUAUGAGUGAUUUUGAACUUGUCAUAUGUGUAUAUGUGUUUUGUUUUACACUUUGAACGGUUUUGCUCAUUGAAUGUCCCUGAACAGCCAAAGAAAUGUGUUUUAUUCUCUGAAUUCAAACAUCUGUCAGGAACUUUAAUGGACUUUUAGUUUCUGUUUCAUGUUAUCAUUAUUUGCCUGUUGGUUUAUUACAAUUUGUAUUAUUAUUUAAGCCCCGCAUGUUGUACCAGUUUGAUUUCAUUACAUGCCAAAAAGUGGUCAGAACAAUGCACAUUAUAAUAAAAUAUUUCUCAAAAAUAA